AAGUACUUAGAUAGAUUUUCAACCAAAUUAACAAAUCAAUUAAAUUCCAUAGAAAAAUUGGAACCAAAGCAUCAACAAGAAUUAUUACAAUUGGAGGAUGAUUUGAGAAAAGCCGAAAGUAAAUAUAACGAAAAUCUAGCCAAGUAUAACAACCCUAAUACUAGUCCGACCGAAAAGACAAAAUUAAUGCUUUUAGUAAAUGAGGCACUUGACGAUAUUGAAAGGAUAAAGGGAAAGUUAAAACAUAAUCCCUUGGCUAAUUUAGAGAGAUAUAAUUAUUUGGAUGACCUGGAAAGAUUAUUUGCUGGUAAUGCCCCUGAGCCAACUAAUAACCCAAGAGGAGGCCGAGAGCCAGGCGGUAGUGGCAGCGGAGAAAAUGGAAACGGCCAAACCCCCAAUCCCUUGGAAGACCCAAAAAGUUUUUUCACCCAAAAUAAAACCAUGUUAGUGUUCGUUCUGGGACUGGUCGGAUUAGCACUUUAUCUUUUUAUCCAAAAAGACGACGAGGCCAAAGAAGACACCAAAGAGGAUAAGAAAUUCAUGCGACAAAUGGCGAUGAUGAAGAAAUACCAAGAGGAUGCUUCUAUUUUCCCCGAUGGCGAUAGAAACAGAAAUUUCCAAUUUUCGCGAGCCGCCAGUUACGAAAUUUUUUUUCCUCCCGCACUUAGAGAAUACUACAACAAAGGCAAAGAAAAUAAUGAAGAUUGUGUUGUCGCUAAUCCUACUCGUGGAAAAACCGACGAUGACAAAAAAGACAACAGUGCCAUUUUUUACGGAGCACCCGGCACGGGUAAAACAGCAACGGUUAAAAAUGUUUGUGUUAAAGCCAAUAAAUAUCCAUUAGUAGGAAUAAAAGGCUCGGCUCUAACACCGACCAAGGAAGAUCAAGAAUCUAAAUUAUUGCCAUUAAAGAAGUUUGUUUAUACCAUUAAUUUAUUUAUUGAAAAUAAUCCCGAGGCUCAAAUAGAAACGGAAGAGAACGAAGUCGAUGAGGAAGGAAAUGAGACAGGCGAAAAAGUAAAAGCGGAUAUUGAAAUAG